AGCUAGCCGGCUAAUCUCUUGGACAACGCAGUCGUGGUUAUGUUAUUGUCCGCUUCAGUGUUCGUGUCUUUUUUGCUCGUUUUAAUCCGGUGAUUUUCUCACACGCCGUCAGCGACCAAAGGCGAGGCGGACACCGACGGACAAGUUUAAACCCACCGGAGGUUUGGCCGCUGUUGCUUUCUGUCAGGAUGCUAGCGCUUGAGCGAGCCAGCUAGUUAGCAAAGCUGCUAAAGUAGCCGAAUAGCAGCGCUGUCCGGAUGCUCUGAGCAGCAACGCAGCGGAUUUUGGGGAGUUUCUAGUCGGCCUCGCAUGAUGUCAAGCAACCGGCCACAGCAAAACGCUGGUGGGGCGAGUUCGGUGCCCAGCACGAGUAGCAGCAGCAGCACUGGAGGCACCGGGAACACAAACGGUGGCGGAGGCAGCAACCCCGUCAUGAGUAAUGGUAAUAAUUCUGGAAAUGUUGUGCCCUCUCGGAGCCUGACAGCGGCCAGCGAUGGCGUCUUGUCGGUGCCAACUUUGGCCGCCGUGCCGUCGUCCCGGGGCGGCUUUGCCUCCCUGGGCAGACCGUCUGCGACCUCGGGCAGCAGAAAGAAAUCCCUCCAUCAAGCACCCCUGUACAACGGCCUCUUGAAUUCAUACGAGGAUAAAAGCAACGACUUCGUCUGUCCCAUUUGCUUCGAAAUGAUAGAGGAGGCACACAUGACCAAGUGUGGACACAGUUUUUGUUUCAAGUGCAUCCGCCAGAGCUUGGAGGACAGCAACAGAUGUCCCAAGUGUAACUACAUCGUCGAUAAUGUGGAUCAGCUCUACCCAAAUUUUCUUGUAAACGAACUGAUCCUUAAACAGAAACAAAGGUCAGAGGAGAAGAGACUAAAGUUGGAUCAUCCUAAUGGGUCUCGGUGGCAGGUCUUCCAGGAUGUUUUGAGUCCUGAUCAGGAGAACUUGGACCUGGCAAAUGUCAACCUAAUGCUGGAGCUCCUGGUUCAGAAGAAGAAGCAGCUGGAGGCAGAAUCCCAAGCAGCUCAGAGACAGAUCCUCAUGGAGUUUCUUAAAGAAGCCAGGAGAAACAAGAGAGAGCAACUAGAGCAACUACAGAAGGAGCUCAACUUUCUUGAAGAAGACAUUAAGCGCGUUGAGGAAAUGAGCGGGCUGUACUCUCCGAUGAUGGAGGCAGAGUGUACGGUGCCUAAUGUUGAGGCUCCAUCUCCAGCACCCAGCUGUAGUAGUAUUAUUGAGCCAACAGACUACAGCCAACCUCCAGGAUUUGGUGGAACAACACAGGGAAAACGACAGACCUGGUACAACAGCACUCUGGCAUCAAGAAGAAAGAGGCUGACGGCUCAUUUCGAGGAUCUGGAGCAGUGCUACUUCUCCAAUAAAAUGUCGCGCAUCACAGACGAGGGCAGGAACUUGAACCAGCUGGAUGAUUUUAUGGAGUGUUUGUCCAAGUUCACCCGCUACAACUCUGUGCGGCCCCUGGCCACCCUCUCCUACGCCAGCGACCUCUAUAGCGGCUCUAGUAUUGUCUCUAGUAUUGAGUUUGACCGUGACUGUGACUACUUUGCCAUUGCUGGUGUUACCAAGAAAAUCAAGGUGUUUGAAUACGGCACUGUGAUCCAGGAUGCAGUGGACAUCCACUACCCUGUCAACGAAAUGACCUGCAAUUCGAAAAUCAGCUGUAUCAGCUGGAGCAGUUAUCACAAGAACCUUCUGGCCAGCAGCGACUACGAGGGUACCGUCAUUCUGUGGGAUGGAUUCACUGGCCAGAGGUCCAAAGUCUACCAGGAACAUGAAAAACGGUGUUGGAGUGUUGACUUCAACCUGAUGGACCCCAAGCUCUUAGCCUCUGGUUCUGAUGACGCUAAAGUGAAGCUGUGGUCAACCAAUCUUGACAACUCAGUGGCCAGCAUCGAAGCUAAAGCCAACGUCUGCUGUGUUAAAUUCAGCCCAACCUCCAGAUAUCAUCUGGCCUUUGGCUGUGCAGACCACUGUGUUCACUACUAUGAUCUACGCAACACUAAACAGCCAAUCAUGGUGUUCAAAGGCCACAGGAAAGCCGUGUCAUACGCCAAGUUUGUCAACGGAGAGGAGAUUGUUUCCGCUUCGACAGACAGUCAGCUGAAGCUGUGGAACGUCAACAAACCUCACUGCCUUCGCUCCUUCAAGGGUCACAUCAAUGAGAAGAACUUUGUCGGCCUGGCAUCCAAUGGAGACUACGUCGCCUGUGGCAGUGAGAACAACUCCUUGUAUCUAUACUACAAAGGACUUUCCAAGACUCUGUUAACAUUCAAGUUUGACACAGUGAAGAGCGUCCUGGACAAGGACAAGAAGGAAGACGACACCAACGAGUUUGUUAGUGCUGUCUGCUGGAGGGCCCUGCCUGAUGGAGAGUCAAAUGUGCUGAUUGCUGCAAACAGUCAAGGAACAAUCAAGGUACUCGAGCUCGUCUGAGGACUCGCCAUGUCUUCAGUGGCCGUUAAAAACUACAAUCAGCCUCUUUGUUCGGUGGUUCGAUCCGUCUGAUGCGGGGAGAUUUCAGGCUGCCUGCUGAGCACCAGGAAAGCUGAAAUAAACUGAAUCUGUGUUAUUUUUAACGAGCUACAAGUUUUUGGACGGCGGCAAAGACUCCGGACCAGUACAUCUGCAUAGCAGGAGAGGAUAUGCUGCCAUUUUACAGCAACAAAAUGAGGACCUAGCAUGGGCACAAAAUGGAACAAGAGACUUUAUAAAGCAGUUUUGUUUCCUUUUCACUGAAGUUUUACCGGCUACAAUAGAACACCUCUUUAUGAUUUUAGGUCAAAUCAAAACUUGUACCUUUUUGUUUUUUUUAAUUAAGCUGUUGCUCUUAAGGGUACAUCCAGCCAAACGCUACUAGUGUGAUGCAUUUUCUCUUUGAAAGGCCAAAGCACAAGACAAAAUAACAUGCAAAAAUGAUGUCUUCUCAUUAAGCUUUUAAUACCCACUUGUUGUUUGUCAGCCACCUGUUUUUUUGGGUUUUUUUUACCCCCUUUAUGUUUAGUUUUUAUGUUUUUCAGAUUGGGAGAAGCCAGUUUUAAUAAAUAUGACUUGAAUUUCAUUCUGUCAAAUGUAUCAUCAGUUCCUCUUCUGGCUUAAGAGUGCAGAAUGUGAAGUAGUGUGUGUAAGGUAAGGAAGACCAAUGAAUUGUGGAGAUGAUGAGAAACUCCUCCGUGCUAAUUUUUCUGUUGGAACAAAUUGAGACUUGACACGUUUGUCUGUAAUCACAGCUAUUCUCAUGUAACUUAAGGUAUUGAUCAGCAGUGCCACAUGGAACUGGAUUAAUUUUUUUUUUUUUUUGAACAUAUGUGGGCUGUUUGUCGCUUGUUGAAAAAUCAAAACCUUGCAGAAUCAGUUUUAGUUCUUUUAAAGUAGCAGUGGAACUACUCUUCACAUACUGUAGGUUUAAACUGUACCUUCUGAACUGAGCUACAUUGUAAACUUGAGGCAAACUGCUGUCAGUUUCUGUGGAGUGGUGAUCCAUGACGACGCAUCGACAGGGUUUGGGAAACACCACCAAGACCUGCCUAUUUUAUGAUAACUGAGUGAGAGAGGUGUUUUGUAUUUGUAUAACUGAAUAAAUUAUUUCGAAACAA